CGUCAUUCCUACGGCAUCGAUCCAUGAGAUGGUCGUGAAAGCAGCUGCUGUUUCUCCAAAUGCUCCAGCUGUGAUAGCACCGCAUGGUGUGGUCCUCUCAUAUGACAAUCUACUACAGCAAGCAUAUAACCUGUGCCAUGUACUACAAGCCACUGGUGUGAAUUCAUCUGACAGGAUCAUGCUAUACGUUGAGAAGGGUCCGCAGUUAGUCACUGCCAUCUUGGGCGUCUUGAUGGCCGGAGCAGUCUUCGUGCCGGUCAACCUCAAAUGGCCCUCGAGCCGGUUGCGCAGUAUCAUUCGUCAAGCGGACAUCUUUCACAUCGUGGUCAGCAAGUCACGAAAAGACUUCUUACAGAGGGAGAUAUCUUUGGAUUCCACGAUGAAUGACCAGAUACAGUACUAUCAUCCCAAUGUUGACCCGUUCAGUUGCAGCGCCAACCGUACGCCUACAAACACAGUCAAUGUUCCAUUAGAGCAUCCAGCAUAUACAAUAUUUACCUCUGGUUCCACGGGUCAGCCAAAAGGAGUCUGUAUCUCUCACGGAAGCGUGCUUAACACAAUUUUGGACAUCAACAAGCGACUAGCCGUCUCGCCUGGAGACCGCACUCUCUGCCUUUCCAACGUCAGCUUUGAUCUAGCCAUCUACGACAUCAUUGGACCUCUUGUCGCAGGCGCUGCAGUUGUGAUGCCUGUCGAAGAUGUGCUGGAUCACCCUCAUUCCGUCGCACAGCUCAUGAAUGAUGCUGCUGUGUCAAUUUAUAACAGCACCCCCGCCGUCAUGUCAUUGCUGCUUCAUGCAGGAAGUCUGGAUUUGUAUCCUAGACUUCGCUAUGUGCUUCUCAGUGGAGACUUUGUUCCUCCGAGUCUUCCUGACCAGAUCACGACUUCGUUUUCCAAAGCCGAGAUUCUAAUACUGGGUGGUGCCACAGAAGCUAGCAUAUGGUCAAUUGUAUUCCAGUACAAACCAUCCGGAAUUCAGGGUAAGUGCAUUCCGUACGGUCGACCGCUUAGCAAUCAGCAGAUCUGGAUUCUUGACCCAAACCAGCAAAUGUGUCCUAUUGAUGUUCCUGGUGAGAUCUACAUCUCUGGUGCUGGCGUUGCGUCCGGUUAUGAAGGUGAUCUGGAAAAGACCAAGGCACAGUUCGGCACGUGGGAUGACGGUCGGCGGUACUAUCAAACUGGAGACAUCGGCAUUAUGCGUCGCGAUGGUAAUGUAUACAUUCUAGGACGCAAAGACGGCCAGGUCAAGAUCAACGGUUUCCGAAUCGAACUUGGGGAGAUCGACUCUGUACUACAGAGCCAUCCGGAUGUGCAGACUUCAUUGUCUCGAGUUCACAUUGCCGAAUCUGGUCCAAGUCAGUCGAUAAUUUCUUACGUGGUGCCACGAAUAUUCGAUCGACUUUCAUUCAAACUCGAAAGACGUGGCAUAAGAAAAUGUCGCGAAACGCAAGCCCAUAUCGCCCUGCAACCGAACACACCAAAAAGGAUAACUGAAGAUGUUGCGGAGCGCUUACGUUUGCGCAGAAGCUACAGACAUUUUGACCGGCUCUCAUUUCGAGAUGUAUUCGGGCGCUUACAUCCAUUGCUCUCCAACACAACAUGGCCGACCUCAAGACCGUCCUUUAUCUCAGAUCAGAUGACUAAGAUCGAUCUCCUCGCAGCUUCAUUAUACAAUAUUCGGUCGUUUGAUCACGAGAUAGAAGGCCUGGGAAGACACUUGUAUCCAUCAGCAGGCGGCCUAUACCCCGUGCGAGUGUAUCUCACGCUUGGGAAGUCAUGGGUAGGACAACAGGCACAAUUUUAUUACCAUCCGGACAGACAUGCACUCAUUCCCACGAAUUUAGAAAUGGACGACAUAUCAGAUGAGAAGGCUUAUAUCCAAUUCAAGACAUGCGUCCCAGCCAUUGAGCCGGCGUAUCACCAGAACGCCAUUCGAUAUUCCGAAGUAGAAGCUGGCUGCAUGCUCGCGAUUAUCGAAAAUGACUGCGCUCUGAAGACAAUCGAUGUGAUGUUGCCUCUUCGCCAAUUUCCAGAUGAGCCCGAUGAGCUUACAUUGGCUUCUUUCGCUCUAUCUCAUGCUCAUAUCACGGCUCCACGUCCGAAACAUAGUGUCGGUCGCCUUCCGAUCCAUUCACUUCUGCUAUACAGGGACAGCAGCAGCUGGCAAGUCUUCAAUUUCACAGGUUCCGAAUUCGAGCACCGUGGGACAAAAAGCACGAGUCACAAGUUUGGGUGCGAUGCGUAUGUCGAUGGCGUCGUUGAGGAAGCGGCUGCACUUUUGCUUCUGCCUGACAUGUCUGGUAUUCAUCACGGCUACAUACUGCAAUGCCUCGCUGAGUACUUGAUAUCCGCUUCAUGGGGAAGUUGCAUUCUCGGCGAAUUAAAAUUCGACUCCCUUCCGCCUCUCUCUGGUGCACAUCAAUCCAGAUAUUUCGGCGCACUUGCAAUUGGGCCUUUAUCCUCGGGAUCUGAGACUCGCAAGCAGUCAUCGAGUUCGUCCCAUACUGGCUUUGCUACGCCGCUGCAAGACAAGCUACAAGGCUACCUGGAAGAACGACUUCCCGACUACAUGAUCCCGAAACAGAUAGUUCUUUUACCGGCCCUGCCAUUGACGCCUAAUGGGAAGAUAGAUACAAAGGCGCUUCCUCCGCCUCCUAAUUCGAGUGAUCUCGUCACUCUGGGCCGCCAGCCAAGGAAUCAGUAUGAGCUGAGUCUGCAAACACUGUGGAAACAGAUUCUGACGCAUGACCACUCCAUGAGCAUAGAUGAUGACUUUUUCGUGUAUGGCGGGAGCUCGCUAGAUGCGAUAUUGCUCGCUGCCAACAUUGGACAGUACUUUGCGCGUGCCGUUCCGACCGCUUUCGUGUACAAAAAUCGCACGAUAGAACGACAAGCUCAAGCAGUGAUGAAGUUUAUAUUGCAGCCGACACUAGAUCGGGUCAAACUUGUUGAGAAAGCAGAUGGGAAUGAGCUGUUAGUGCUGUUCUCUCCGUCCGACAGCGGAGCGGAGGCUUACCACGCCUUGGCGCAAAGACUCUCGAUACGCUUCACGGUGGUAGGUAUCAACAACCUCUUCAUCAAUCAUCCAGAGAGGGUUGAAGAUGACUGGGCCGUGUCUUUGGGAUUCUACAUUGAACAGGUCGCGCAUAUUCUGCGAGAUGAACCGAAUCGUCGCGUCAGGCUUGGCGGCUGGUCGGUUGGAGGGAAUGUGGCAGUCGCCGUGGCUGAAGGGCUGGCUAGAUUCUACUCUCAGAUUCAUCCUCAGAUCAUUUUGCUGGACUCUUUCCGCGAAUAUCGAUUCGCGCACGAUACCGAACGUGAGAACACGAUCGACACGUGGAGCCCUUACCAUCCUGAGAAUGUCAUGUUCCGCCAUUUCGCGAUCGCUGGCUACACUCGACAAUGGUACUGUCGAUACCUGGAUCGCCUCGCAGAUCACCUGGGUGCGAUGGUGAUGAACAGCUGUCAUUCAGAGAUUUUGCUGAUGAAAUGUUCCGAGGCUAUCGCAAAUUUUCCGGUCGAAGAAGCAAAUAAUGGUUGGGACAAGCUUGCGAAAGAAAUCAUUAUCCGGCCGGUGGAGGCGCAUCAUUACAAUUUGUUGACCAAAGAAAAUGCGGUGGAAUUGAUCGCGAGCACCUUGUUAGCUCUUUGAUUCGAUCCGUGAGGCAGCACCACGCCUGGGGAGCAGGAAAUAUCUCCUGUCGCCAGAUGAGAGCGGUCAAGUUAUCUCGUAUAGUCUCAAGUUCGUCAACAAUUCAAUCCCACCUACGCAUCUGCUUGC